UAUUUCACACAGUCGUCACUCGUACUGCAGAGGGUUUUGUUGUUCUGUGCUGCCUUGGUGAAAUGUAGAAAUAUCUUGUGUUUAGUGUUUGCAGACAGUUUAGUUAUGCGUUACUGCCUUCUUUUAAUAAAAGAAUGCAAUUUAUGUGGUAGCGUCCCCUUCAGAACUCGCCAUCAAGGCACUUUAAAUGCCACUUUUGCCAAACCCGUGUUUCAGAAAUUUUUCUGAAUAGUGACAGACAACUGAGAAAUAUUCUGAUGUUUUGGUGCACGACUUGUAUACACCGCGUACUUUAUACUUACGAAUGCUCCGAUUAUUUGUAAUAAUAAAUACGCAUCUGUAAUGAGCCUUGUGGUUGCGGCUAUUCUAUGGGGCUGCACUAAUCCAUUCAUCAAAAAAGGAAGUUCAGGGGUAGAGGACAUUAGUGAAAAAUCUUCUACCAAAAAGUUUUUUAAAGAAGUUAAAUUCCUAUUGAGUAAUUGGAAGUACAUGACACCUUUCCUUUUAAACCAGAGUGGUUCACUGUUUUACUUUUUGGCUCUUCAAAAUACAGAAAUGUCUUUGGCAGUUCCAGUAGCAAAUUCCCUCACAUUUGUGUUCACUGCAGCUACAGGUUGGAUCUUGGGAGAAAGCUUACCCAAUGCCAAGACCGUGUGUGGCAUUACAUUGAUAGUGUGUGGAAUAUCACUUUGCUGUGUGGACAAAUUCCUCAUGCAAAAUGGAGGAGGUGGUGCUGGAUGAAGCUAUGGUAUCAUUUUUGUAUUUGUUUCAUAAAUGAGACGGUAUAAAAUAAAAGAUUUCUUUACUGCGUAUUAACCUAA